AUGAGAACUGUGAAAAUUCAAUCUCUUAAGAGAGACUAUGAAAAUGAAAGAAUGAAAGAGAAUGAGAGUUUGAAUGAAUACUUUAAUAGACUCUCUGAAUUGGUGAAUCAAAUGAAGUCACAUGGAGAUACAAUAGAUGAUCGCAGAAUUGUUGAUAAAAUUUUGAUUAGUUUGACAGAAAAAUUUGAUCCUAUAGUGGUUGUUAUAGAAGAAACUAAGGACCUAUCAACUAUAGGUGAGUCUUCUAGAGGUGAGGCGGAUUUGGAAGAGGCAUGGGCAGAGGAAGAAACUCGCGAGGAAGAGGAAGAGGCGCGAAUGGCGGAAGAUGGCAUGAAGGAGCAUCAAAUAAAUGGUGCAAAAUCUGAUUGUCGUUUUGUCAAUCAACAACAUGCUUCAUUUGCAGAAGGAGAAAAUGAUGAAGGUAAUUUGUUCUUUGCUUGUCAAAAAGCAUUUCAAGAAGAUAAAAACGUGUGGUAUUUGGAUAACGGUUGUAGCAACCAUAUGCCCGGAAAGAAAGAAGCUUUUGUAAACAUUGAUUAUUCAUUUGGCUCAAAAGUUAAAUUUGGAAAUGGAGAACAUGUUGAAGUAAAACGAAAAGGCAUCAUCGGAGUUACAACAAAGCAAGGAAGCAAAGUCAUUCAUGACACUCUUUAUGUGCCAGAGUUGGAUGAGAACUUGCUAAGCAUUGGACAACUUUUGGAGCAUGGCUAUCCUCUAAAUUUUGAGAAUCGUGAGUGCAUAAUUUUUUAUUCAAAGAGAAGAAAUGUUGCUAUUAAGUUCAAAACUUUUGUUGAGAAACAAAGUGGUAGGUUUAUAAAAAUGUUGAGAAGUGACAGGGGGAAGGAGUACACCUCGAAUGAAUUUCACAAAUUUUGUGAAGAUGAAGGUGUUGAAAUACAGCUCACUGUUGGCUAUACACCUCAGCAAAAUGAUGUAUCUGAAAGAAAGAACCAAACUGUGAUGGAGAUGGCGAAGUCUAUGCUACUUGAGAAAGGUUCGCCUAAAACCUUUUGGCCUGAGGCUGUUAAUACUGCUGUGUAUUUGCUGAAUAGAUGUCCAACAAAGGUUGUAUAG